CCUUUCUCCCCUUUUCCUCUUCCUCUCUUCUACCCCCUACCUAUAAGCUCUUGCUCCGCCGUGAUGUCCACCCUCCUCCCCUUUGAAUACCUCUUAUCCAAUAAUGCCUAUAACAUCCCUAUGUUCUUCGACGACGGUUUUACACCGUGGGAGAAUCUCGAAUCUUUUUUCUCGGCUAUUGAUCAUAAGCCUACUAUCGUUUGUGAAAAAGGUAAUGAUCAAAUUAUAUCUCAAUUAAAAUUGAAUCAUAGUCAUAACCAUGCUGGUCACCAUGCCAGUUUUGACAAACUAAAUCUAGAUGGUCAUCAUGCCAGUUUAGAUUUAGAUCAGGAAAGUCUAAACCUAGAUCGUCAUCAUGAUGGUUUGAACCUAGGUUUGGAAAAUCAUUUUUUGUACGAGCCUAACUUAAGUCAUACAAACCAAAAUUCACCGAAUUUUUAUAAUAAACUUAGCCCUGAAAAUGCCCAAAGCCCAACAUCUGUCCUUUUAAGCCCUAGCUCCGGUUCAGAUGGCUUCGAUGACUCAAACCAAAACCAACAUGGUUCAAAUCUCAAUUCAUAUCCAGAUCAUGAACCAACUCAAGUAGAAAUCACAGAAGAGAAAAAGCGUAAGCGGAUGGAAUCAAAUCGGGAAUCAGCAAGGCGUUCUCGCAUGCGAAAACAACAACACAUAGAAAAUCUAACUAACGAUGCAAACCAACUUAAAAUCCAAACCCGGGAGCGGUCCAACCAAUUGCGGCUUAUGACCCACCAUAUCCAACUUGUAAGGAAAGAAAAUGAUCGGCUUAAAGCCGAAUCAAUCAUCCUACAAAGGAAAUUAUAUCAACUUGGCCAAAUUUGGCAACAACAACAACAACGUUCAUAUCAGCAACAACGACAUCAUAUUCAUCCAUUUUCAUCUUCGACACUUUCAAGUGUCGCGACACAAAUAAUUAUUUGACUCUAUGGACAAAUAUUAAUACUACGUGCUCCAUGUUCCAUUUAUAUAUAACAACGGAAAAAUUAUUUAUGGUAUAAUAUAUAUAAUUAAGACUAAAAAAGCAUCUAGUACAUAUGCAUAUAAAUAUUAUUUGAUCAUUUAUUAAUCUUGUUAAUAUAAGUUAUUUUAGAGUAUUGAAUAUAUAAUGGAACAAGAGUGAGUUAGUAUCAUGAGCUACGCAACUAUUAGAUGCAUGCUCGAUUUGUUUCUACACAAAUAUGUUAGGAUUUAUGCUAAGAUAUUAAUUAGUCCUACUAUGAGUUUUAUUUUUUAUUUUCGUUUUUUAGGCUAAAUUCCUAUCAAAAUAUAGGAAUUGUUCUUUUGUAAAGAAGUAAAAUUAUUGGUGUUUGGUUUAUGAUAAAAAAUAAAUUUAUUUGGACUCCAAUGUUGAUUUCAAGUAGUUAAUUAGAUUUUUCCUUUUCUUUUUACUUUAAUUAUAAUUAUCUAUUUUUAAUUUUAUUUUUAUUUUGUGUAUUCUAAAUCCAUUGAAACUUGACUCCAAGCUAGUGUCUUUCGCACCUAACAUUUCCCCUUUCAUAUCACUCAGUCUGCAACAAUCACGCAGCAAGUAACAUCUUUUUUUAGUUGUGAUAGUUGGUGUACUAUUUUUUUUUUUCAUGAAUUAGCAUUAUCGAGAAAUAAUUUUUUUUUAUAGAAUAUGUAGAUAUUUAUUUAGUAAAAAAAAGCAAAUUAAUUAUCUACAUCUCAUUAAAAGAGUUAAAAAUAUAGGAAGGAUAUUAAAUGAAAGCUAGAGAUGGGCAUUGUCCAAAAUAAAAAAUAAUGUAAAAUAAAUAAAAUAAAUCAAAAUAAUAAAUAAUGUUGAAUGUGUAGAAUGGAGGGACUAGUAUUUAUUAUGUAAAACAUCUAAUUAGUAACAUCUACAUAAAAUAUAUAGAAUAAAAAUAUUCAAAAUAAAAACUUAUUC